GUGCGGUGUGUAUGCGUCUAUUUUGGCAGGUAGUUGCUUCAAAGCUGCUUUAAUAAGAAGUGUCUGCUCUUUUGUCACCUCUUCUAUCAGUAAGAUGAGUCCAGUGUGUGACUGCUGCGGCGAGAACACCAGUAAACUGAAGCAGCAGGCUUCUGUGAUGAGAAAAGAAAUCAAGAACCUGAGGCAGAUGUUGGACAGCGCAGUUCGAGCUCAUCGCAAACACAUGAUAUCCAUUCAGUCUGCUGUGUCAAAGAUUGGAGUCUGUGAAGCUGACAAAGCCCAAACACCACCACCACCACCACCACCACCACCAACAUCACCACAGGUUGCAUUAGAGAAAGGAAGCAUCCAGACGGUCCCGAUUGGUUACAUCAGUUCCUGUUUCUCAGUGAAGAAUGGGACACCCAGACAGCCCACCAUUUGUGGCCCCUCGAGAGCCGAACUUCGCAUCCAGCAGAGCGUCUUCAAUAACCCGGAGCACGCUCUGGUGGGCCUGGAGCAAUACUCCCACGUCUGGAUCAUCUUUCUCUUUCACAAAAAUGGGCACCUGAGUUACAAAGCCAAAGUGAAGCCUCCUCGACUGAACGGUCAGAGAGUUGGUGUUUACUCCACGCGCAGUCCACAUAGACCAAACGCUUUGGGUCUAACUCUGGCUAAACUUGAUAAAAUUGUAGGUGACACAAUACAUCUGUCAGACAUUGACAUGAUUGCAGGCACCCCAGUCCUGGACAUCAAACCCUACAUCCCAGAGUACGACUCCCCCCAGACCAGGAUUCACAUGGACUUAGAGCCCUAUGAACUAAACACAAACCAGUCAAAUGUAACUACUAUGGAGGACCUAUAUAAAGACUCAGAAACAGAUGCUCAGUCAGGCCUAAGAGGUGAAAGAACUAAUGAUGAUGACUUGGUGAGUCAACUCUCAAAAGACAAAUGUGAAGCUGAUAUUCCUUUAAUAGAUUCAUCUAGAGUCAGUGCUCAGUUUUCCCUGCCCAAAGACCUGCAUGGUGUGCUAGAGGAGGUCAAGGCCUAUGUGACACAGGGUGACUUUUGUCAAAGAGAGGAGCAAGUUUCAGAUUCCCCAAUGGACAAACCUCCAGAGUCAACUGUGGACCGCCCCCGUUAUGGAGAGGAAUCCUACAGUACCAUCGCUGGCUGGAUCAGAGAGCCUCCUGUUUCCAGUCUGGAGGUACGCUUCACUCCUCAUGCUGAGAGGGAGCUAGAAGAAUUCCUCCCCACACACCUGUCAGGAGCCCCUGAAAGUGUCAGACCCAGGUUCAAGUUUCUGCGCAGUCCAGAGGAGGCCGCCGCUGCCAUCAGAGGGGUGCUGUCAGCAGACCCACGGUCAGUCUACAGGAGGACACGCUGCAGGGACAGACUCUUCUUCUUCACCCUGGAUACGGCUGACAUCACCUGCUGGUUUGGACAGGGCUUUGCUGAGGUGCUGCAGGUCCGACCUGUUGAGUGCCAGACUGCCACCAUCAUGAGACAACAACCCCAAACAUACAGCCAGAGUCAUGAAGAACUAUUGUCAGAGACAAGAAGGAGUUAACAUCAUGGAGUCAGCCUGGUAUUACAUGAAGAGACAGAGGACUGUGAGAUGGCCUAAAUCUCACAGACUUAGAAUAACCUACCUGCCAAGUACCUUGAAAAAGUGUUUACAUGUGUACCGAGGAGAACUGGUGCUGUUUAAAGGCAGAGUUUGUACACACAAAAUAUUUCAUUAUGUCUGUUUACUGCACAUUGUGUGAAU